GGCAAUUUCUUGAACAGAACGCAAUGGAAAAACGAUCAAUCACCAUAAGAAUGACCGUAUGGCCUUGAGACGCAGGAAGGUCCACAAUAAAAUCCAUGCCCAGGUGUGACCAGGGACGCUCCCCAUUGGGAAUGGGUUGCAGAAGACCCAACGGAAGAUGCCGAGGAGAUUUAUUCUGAGCACAGACUGAACAAGCCGCUACAUAUGAGGCGAUGUCAGAACGGAGAGAUGGCCACCAGAAUAACUGAGAAACAACCCAGGACCAUUGGUUCCUACCAGGAUGACCGGCAGUCUUGGAAUUAUAGUAGGUACGUAGCAAGCGGGUACGCAAUCCCUCAGGUACGAAACAUCUUCCAGCCAGUCUCUCAG